AGCAAAUAUCCACCGUCUCUGUCACCAUUAUUUAAACUCCCAAUGCCCAACCCUUCCCUUCCCACUUUCACUUCCCCUGUUUUUCUGUUUAAAAAAAAAAUGGAAGGAAAAACUAUUUCCCUUUCCUUCCUUUUACUUUCUCUCUUAGCCAUUUCUGUCUCUUCCACUUCUCUUCAAUACCAUACAUUACUUUUACAUUCCCUUCCACUAACUCAACUUCAAAAAUCUCUACAUUUCGAUGCUCAACUACUUUCCGGCGAUGGCUCCGACCUCGAUCCGGAUAAUGCUCUCUCUCUACAGUUGCAUCAUGUAGACUUAGUAUCUCCUUCGUCCUUCAAUGCUACACCACAUGCGCUGUUUAAGCUCCGUCUACAACGUGACGCCUAUAGAGCUAAGGCAAUUUCUGACCUCGCCUCUGCUAACGCCACCGUUGGACGCCGUGCGGGUAAGCCUCAUCCUGGUGGUAGGGAUUUCUCUAGUUCUGUUGUUUCUGGACUGUCUCAGGGGAGUGGAGAGUAUUUCACGCGAAUCGGUGUUGGUACUCCUUCUAAGUAUGUUUAUAUGGUGUUGGAUACGGGAAGUGACGUCGUUUGGAUCCAGUGUUCGCCUUGUAAAAAGUGCUACACUCAAUCCGACCCGGUUUUUGACCCGAGUAAAUCGUCUUCCUUCCUUGGUGUUGCAUGUGGGUCGCCUUUGUGUCGUAGGUUGGAUUCUGGUAGCUGUAACCGAAAGAAAUGUCUUUAUCAGGUUUCUUACGGAGACGGUUCUUUCACCGUCGGCGAUUUUUCAACUGAAACGUUAACUUUCAGGGGGACACGCGUGAACAACGUGGCCCUUGGAUGCGGCCACGAUAACGAAGGUUUAUUCGUCGGAGCCGCUGGUUUACUGGGUCUCGGCCGGGGUAGACUAUCAUUUCCGACUCAAGCUGGUCGGAGAUUCGGCAGAAAAUUCUCCUACUGCCUUGUCGACCGGUCCGCUUCCUCUAAACCAUCCUAUCUAGUCUUCGGCGAAUCUGCAGUUUCUCGAACCGCUGUGUUUACCCCACUCGUCAAAAACCCAAAACUAGACACGUUUUACUACGUGGAGCUCACCGGAUUCAGCGUCGGCGGCGCUAGGGUUCCUGCAAUCAGGCCGUCGCUGUUCAAGCUAGACGCCGCUGGUGAUGGUGGUGUGAUAGUAGAUUCAGGAACUUCAGUGACCCGAUUGACCCGACCCGCUUACGUAGCUCUGAGGGACGCUUUCCGAAUGGGUGCUAAAGAUCUGAAAAGAGCACCCGAUUUCUCAUUGUUCGAUACAUGUUUCGAUCUAUCAGGGAAAACGGAAGUGAAGGUUCCGACAGUGGUUAUGCAUUUCCGUGGAGCUGACGUGUCAUUGCCGGCGUCAAAUUACUUGAUUCCGGUGGACAGUGAUGGGACAUUCUGCUUUGCAUUUGCCGGUACAAUGAGUGGAUUGUCGAUUAUCGGAAACAUUCAGCAGCAAGGUUUCAGGGUAGUGUUCGAUCUUGCUGGGAAUCGCCUAGGCUUUGCUCCUCGUGGGUGCGCUUAAAUUAACGAGAGAUUAUUAUAAAAUUGCUUCCAAAUUCCCCAGUUUAUUAUAUGUUUGAUGAUUUUUCUUUGGUUUGGGGUGUAUUAGGAGAAGAUAAAGGAACAUGAUUAGAUGUUGUGUGUUUGUAUUAUGUGUUGUAAUACAGGGUUAAGAGUAUGUAGUGAUAAUUAGUGUAGAUUUGUAACUCAAAACACUCUGUUUUCUGUAAGAUGGGGCGAGGUUGAUAGUAGCUGCAAAAUGUGCGGCGCUGCUUAAACUUGCUAUUGAUUUAUAUAUUUUUCUUUUUAUGUUUUCAUUUUAUUGGAA